AGAGGUGGCAUUAGGCAGCAUUGUAAACAAUGUCUUUUCUCUGAACAGGCAGAGUUUAAACUGAUUAGGCAGUAAGGAUCGUCUCUUUAAGCUGUAGUUGUUCUGGUGCCUAUGAAGGUAGAAUAAGCAGGUUUGUGUCUUACUUUCUCUUAUAUUUUCUGCAGUCAGAAGACAAAACCGUGCUUUUUGCAGUUGCAUCUACCCUUGUGAAUUGUACGAACAGCUAUGAUCGUGAAGAGAUUAAUCCUCAAAUGCUGGAACUUGCAAAGUAUGCCAAGCAGCAUGUUCCCGAGGAACAUCCAAAGGUGAGUUGAAACCUGCUUAGCCAGUACUCAUUAAUAUUUCCCAACUUGCCACAUAAAAUCAUUUAAUUGUAUUAGAUUUCAGUCCUUAAUACUGCUGGCACACAAUGUUUCAUUGCAUUUUAUUCUAUAGGUUAGAACACUGAAACUAUUUAAAAUGGUCAAUUAAUGUCCUUCUGAGUUCCUCCAUAUAUUUCAUCCAUUAUUAUUUAUCUCUCACCUUCACAUUACUUUGUAAAUUCUCCCCAAACCUGCUUCCAAGAGUUCUCUCCUGUUGCUCCAUGUUAAUGAUGGGUCAUGAUUCACUCCAUCAGACACGCUGCAACAUUCAUACUUAUAAACAUUCCAUUAAAUCCAUCUAGUCAAACCCUAGUCACGUUCUUACAAUCCCCUAAAACAAAUUGCACGCACACAUCUUGAUCCCUUAUGAAUUUUGUCUCACUUUACUUUGAACAGUAAUCUCUUGUAAGCAGGCCUUUUAUUUUGCUUGUACUGUACAUUACAUGAACUGUUUCACUUCUGGAAACUGGACGAUGCUGCAUUAUACGAUAUACAUAUAUCUUUAUCAGGAUAAGAAAGAGUUUAUUGAGAUACGGGUUCACAAGCUGCUCGUGGCUGGAGUGGUGUCUGCUUUAUCCUGCAUGGUGAAAAAUGAAAGCCCAGCAUUAACAGAUUCCUCAAGGGAACUGAUAUCAAGGUAAGUCAUACCAUCUGGAAGCCACAAUUAUUUGUCAAACUCAACUAUAAGUACUCGGUCAAUAUUGUGUUCUCUAGUGGUCACUGAGUUUCUUACAAUUUACUAAUUUCUAGGGUCUUCUUGGCUUUAGUGGAAAAGGCUGAAGACAGAGGAAAUGUUGUUGCUCAAGGUGGAGGAAAGGUAACAUCAUAACCUCUCCCUCUUUAUACUCCCUGCUUCAAGUGCGCUUUCUUUUUCUCUCGCUCUCUCUCUCAUAGGAAGUAGGAUUGUUACAAACUCUUGCAAUCUUCUUUUCUCUCAAAUGUGCAUUCUAUCAGCUUUACAACGAACAUAAUGAAGAUUACAAACGUAAAGCACACAAGGACUGCAGCAUGCUACAUUCUGCAACAUUGAGAUUGGCAAACUGUAUUCAUCUCACGGAUUGAAAUGCCAGCUUGGCCUCACAGGAGAGUUAGUACGUCCUAUGCAAUUGUCUAGCAGCUGAGGGAGUGCAGGAAUCUAGUCCUAUUUUAAAUGUAUCUCUUGGUAUAUUGUUUGAAUUUCAAGAUGAGUUCAAGUUAUAUUUAUGUACAGAUAUCAAAGUUAUUCAUGUGUACAAAUACACUAGUUGUUUAUGGAUAAAGUUUAGAUGCAAGUUUUUCUAUGUGGAAGCCAAAAGAUAGAUAGAUCUAUGCAUUUCGCUAAUUAUACAGCAAGGCAAAAUAAAAUAUGUAUAUAUUGGGUGUUAAAGCAUUUUUGGAAUCCUUAAAAGAUCAUGGGGUUUUAAAUAACAAGAGCUUUAUUUCCUUUGAAAUAACACACAUUCCUUUGGCUAUUUCUGAUUCAGGCUCUGAUACCUCUGGCUUUGGAAGGUUCAGAUAUUGGCAAGACCAAAGCAGCUCAGGCGCUGGCAAAAAUCACCAUCACCUCAAACCCAGAAAUUGCCUUUCCAGGUGAAAGGGUAAGGACAUCUGAAAUGUCUAAUUAUUUAUUAAUGCUGUCAUGGAAUCUGUGUCAACUCUCCAUAUUGCAUUGUAACACUUAUAAACAUGUGGAUUACAUUGAGGUUCAAAUGUAAAUUUUACUAUACUUUUUUUUUUACACAUUAUGCUGGCAAAGUCUCACCUGUAAAUGUAUGAAUUAAAAUAUAUAAUGGUCUGAAAAUGUAUUCUGCCUUCUACAAGAUGGCCACCAAAAGUCAGUUGUUCUGUGGUAGGUAUUUUGAAAAACUGCAUGCUGGUUUUGCAUUAGCUAAUUAUAUUUCAAAAAAAUCAACAUUUAGUUUAUUUGUUUGUUUCACAAUGGUGUGAAUUUGCUAGCAAAAUGUUUAGCUGGUAAAGAGAGACUUAUUUGGUAUAACCAGCUACCUCUGGAGAAACAGAAGUACAUGCUCUCAAAUGCAUAUGCAUUUUGAUCCAUCACUUUUAACCUCUGAUGUAAAAAUCGCCCUGCUUCCCCCCUUAUGUCUCAGAUUGUCCAAUUCCAAUUCCCCAAUAGAUUUACGAGGUUAUCCGGCCACUAGUCAGUCUGCUCCACCUUGAUCGAACAGGACUACAGAAUUUCGAGGCAUUAAUGGCACUAACAAAUUUGGCAGGGAUCAAUGAGAGACUAAGGUACCUGCUAUACAUUUGAUUCAUUAACCUUGUGUAUUGUGCAUUCUUUGUCGCACUUUUUUUUUUUUUUUUUGCUUGCAAAAGAGUCAUCCUGCCGUAGAACAGAAUGUUCUAAGCAGCCAGCCUUUUGCAACAGCUGCUUUUCUGGAAGCAUGAACAAUUUUAAGACACCAAGUAGUAGACCUAUAAAGUAUGUUGUUUUUAGAGUUUAGAAGUACUUGAACUACUUACCUGCUAAGAUUAACCCAAGGACUUGACAAAUCGAUCACCAUUGCUACACACAUAGCUGCUUUAGGGCUACCAUCAUUGAGAGGUAUGAGAUGGGGAUGGUGUUGUCAGUCCCCAAGCGGCGGGCAUUGCCAGUGAUGCCUGUAAUGUGUGGGCCCACCCACUGAAGGCAUGUUUCAGCCUGUUGUGAAGCUCACAACACCCUGUCUGGCCAGCCCCCAACCUACAGGACCAUGCAGAGAGCACUACUGAAGCGCUCUCUGCAUUGUCCCCUAGUGUUCACUCACAGGGUGGCUGCAUUUAGGAACACCAGGGAACAAAAUCAGGAUGGCACCUAGAAUGUUGUCUCCUUUACGAUGCCAGUUGAAAACAGGGACAGUUGAAGCUGCUACUAUAAAUAACACCAUAAUAUUAAAUGGACAGAAUCCGCUGCAACACAUUGAACACUUUAGAAGUGCCUUUUGUAAGCAGCACCUCUGGGUUGUUUUUUUGUGGUUUUUUUUAGCUUAUUUUCUCCGGGAGAAAAGAUUUUUCUUCCACUUUUUAAGACAAAUCUAUGUUCUUGAAAGAAGUUUACUGUAAAUUGGAUGUCUUUCUCUAGCUUAGUAUAAGAAAUCUGUUUUCUUAGGCCAAUUUGAUUCUAGAGGUUUUUACUUAUGGGAAGGUCUAGAGUACAAUAUAUUGAAAGCAGGCUAAAUAUAACAUUUCCUGCUGCUUGAAUUUGUUUUAUUUUUUUUUGCUUCUUUUGUUUGGUAGAACAUAGGUUGCACAAUGUCUUCCUGCAUCCAUCUAGUAAAAGCAUGUUGAGCAUAUUAGAUGUUUAGGUUUUGACACAGCUUUGGAUUUAUCAGGUUACAUUUUCUUAAAAGGAGAAGCCAAUGAAGCCAUCUGCAGUAACACCUAUACAUAACUUUUAGAAAAUAAAAUUUCUGCAGUUAAUUUAAAAGCAUAAGAAAUUACUUUUUCAUACAUUGAAAAGCCUUGGAAUGUGUGAUGUGAUACUCUUUCUAAACAUUGACUUGUAAAUUAGCAACCCCUUUAAAUAUUUUAAUAAUAUCACUUAUGGUUAAAGGCUCGCAGUGUUAAUAUACAUCUAUAUUACCCAAAUAUACUAAUAUGCAAUCUGACGUUCUUUAUAAAAAAAUAUGCAUUUAUUCUACUCCAAAAGCAAACAACAAUAUACUUAACACAUGGUAUUUUUUUUUAUUCUUUAUUUUGUUGUGCAUAGCAUUUUCAAACAGGCAUGUGCUGCUAUUUCAGUGGUAACCGGCUUUGAUGUAAUAUGUUUAGAGCGACAAUUGCAUGGCAUAGAGAUAUAUAGCACAUUUUUCAAUAAGGAAUAACAGGAAAAUGUCUAGCAUGCUGUGUGUGCAGUAAGCCAGGGACAUAGGCAUUGUGUUCCUCUCUGGCGUAGCUGUACCUGUGCUGUCGUUGGGGGUGUCUUGCUCUGCCUCUGCAUUGGGGUUGGGGACCCCUAACCAUAGGUUUGGCAGGGGGGGGGCGGGAGAUGUGUGUUUGUAGGGACUAGGUGCCUGUCAGGGUUUCUACUGUGUUGUCUGUUCCGUGUGGUAGUCGAGGUCAUAGCGCCUUGUGCCUAUGUGGGCUAUAGGCCCAGGGACCUGAGUGUCCGUGAGUUAGUCAGAUCAGAAUAAAAGGGAAAAAAGAAACAUAGUAAACAUGAAACAUUAAAAUAACAUCUGGGAGUUUCUCCUUCGUUGGGGUGAGGACGGUGUGGAAUACAUGGUAUUUUUUAAUGAUGUUACAGAAAGAAAUCUUUGAUGGAGUCGUCUUUGUAUCAGAAAGUCAGGGACACACCAGGAGAGAAGAGCAAAGAGUAGGAGAAGAGAGCGCGGUCCUUUUGACCAUUGUUCUUUAAUAGGCCAAAUUACAUCAUAACUUUUAAAUUAAAAUUGCAAAGAUGAGGAAAAGGAACUGCACUCAGUUCACUUAAGACAGGGUGCUUAGCUGAACCAAGGGCCAGCACAAGCCCAGGAGAUAAAUACCAGUGUUAGAACAAAGGGUCCAGGGACUCCAAUGUCUUCAGGCACCUUUAUUAGAACAUGUGGAACACUGCAAAGUUUUGACUCCUUUUUGACUUUCUCAAGCUGGACCCUUUUUUUAACACUGGUAACUUUUAAAUUAAACUGCACAUUCCAGAGUCCUCGUAGUACAGAAUAGCAAACUACCAUCGAUUUUUUUAUUAUUAUUUUUUUUUUUUUUUUUUUUUUUAACCAUUUAACAUCCAUACCAUAAUAUGUAUAAAAUAGAACAUAGGAUUCAUAAUCUAUGAAUAUGCUCCUAGUUUUCGCACCAAAAACACAAUGAUUAUGAUGGUGUAUGCACAAAAACACUGAAUAAACACAGAAUACAUUGAACCCUGUGUGUUUGUUCCACCAUGCCAUAAAGGGGCUAAACACUGCCCCUAAUAUGGUCACUACCUGGUUUCUCACAUUAAGUGGAAUGCAUGGUGUGCAUUCCACAACCGCAAAUAUUAGAUGCCUUCCGAGCCAUCUAUUAAGUUGAAGGGGAGUGGUACCUGGCUAACUCACAACCUUGCGAUCAGCUAUAAGAAAUCAGGUGUCCUUAGCAUAGCAUCCUGUGUUAUCUCACUACCCCACAGAUGAUUGACCAUCAAUCCUGCUGGUGGAGCACACAAAAAACUGAAGGUGAGAGGGUUUUCUAGAGGUGUUGUACCGCUAGAGCUAAUUAGAGGAAGGGAUCUCAUUUAAAAAAUGAUCUUUGCUAAGUAUCUGUUCAGUUCUGAAAACAAAUACCCAGAUAUAAGUACUGCUGCUUUAUCUGAUGGAAAAAAAUGUUGUGGCCCCCCACACUCAGAUUAAGCUUAGGUUUAACAUGUUGCAGAUCCAAGUAGCCAAAUUUCCCACCUGUAACUCCUCUAGCUGCCACUAUGUGCUGACCUUAUUUGGGCAUCAAAAACUGUUAUUUGGACAUCGCCUGAUUUUUAUUUUUGUUUAUUAAGGGGUGCUUAUUAUGCGUUAGUUGUUAUAAAGUACUUUUGAUAUUUUUUGAUGUGCAGGAGUAAGAUUAUUAAGGAGAAAGCUGUACCAAUGAUAGAGGGCUAUAUGUUUGAAGAGCAUGAACUGAUUCGAAGAGCUGCAACUGAGUGCAUGUGCAACAUGGCCAUGAGUAAAGAGGUGAGUAGAACACGUACCUUUUAAUACAUAACAAGAGACACAAAUCUGUUGUUUAAUUAUUGUGAAGCUCUGCGGAAUAUGUUGGAGCUAUAUCAAUAAUUGUGAUUAACAGUAGUCUGGACAAUGUGUAGUUGAAUUUUUUUUUUUUUUUUUAAUGCAUUUAUUUAAAAAAACUAAAAUAUUUUUUAAACACUAGGUGUGUUUACAUCACGCCAGAUUUUGGCUGCUUUUAUAACCAAGGUCUAUGUACUAUGACUUCUAGAAAUCUCAGCCAUCCUUGUCACACAUUAUAGGUAAUAAGUAUAGUUUUGUUAAAUGUCUACUAUGGCAAUCAAGUAAGAACAAGCAGUAUGUGAUGGACAUUUAUAUUGAAUUUUCACUUCUUACAAUAUUAUAAAUGUGCUUCAUUUUUCAAACAAUCUAGAUGAAAAAUAUGAGUGUAUCCUCUUAACUGAUACAUAAUCGAUGUAACUUUACUGAACUAUGGAAUAAUACUUUGAAUUAAGCCUAUAGGCAGCCAGAGCAACCUGUCAAAUGUAAGCCGCCAUCAUUGGCUAUCCAUGCUGUACAUUUCUAGCACUGUAGCACAUAGAUACCAUAAAAUUCUUAAUUGUGGAUAUUAAUAUCUUACUAGAUAGAUUAUCCUUUCUACUGAAAACCUGUAAUAAAUAUUUUCCUGUUUUUCCAGUUUGAGAUAAUUGUGACAUGUUUAUUUAGGUGCAAGACUUGUUCAUGGCAGAGGGAUCUGAUCGCCUAAAGUUAAUGGUGUUAUACAGCGGCGAAGAUGACGAGCAAUUACGCCGUGCUGCAUCUGGCACACUAGCCAUGCUGACUUCCAUGGAUCCAGAGAUCUGUCGAAGGAUUCCACAAGUGGUAAGAAUGAAAACUUCUGUACAAUGGUAUAAUCAGAGCAUAUGAUAAUGUUCAGUACUUAUGUGCUGGUUUAUGGAUGUAAGAGAAGUUUGGCUGGAUUGUUUCACAAUAAAUUGGGAUAGUGGUAUGGUGAUGUAUUAUCACCAGAAAUUCACAAUAAUACUUCUAAAUUCAACAGGGCUGGAUUGUUUCACAAUAAAUUGGGAUAGUGGUAUGGUGAUAUAUUAUCACCAGAAAUUCACAAUAAUACUUCUAAAUUCAAGAAUACCAAGGAAAGUGAAAGCGCACACCAAGUGAAAUCAUAUAUAUUAGAAUAACCCUCCCUGGAUAUUGAUAAAGGAGAAAAUGUAUCCGCUCUUUUUUUAAAAAGUAGUGGUCUGGCAGUAUCUCCUUCGACCAUCAGUUUUGUCAUCUGAAUUUUCCUCAAUAUUAUAAUGUAGGUUACGAGGUGAGACACAGACAGCAGGUAGUUAAAGUAUAGCAAAUGUAUUAAAAAUAUAUAAAAUUUUAAAUUAUGCUUAAAAUAAUCCACAUAAGCACAAUCACAACGCGUUUCGACCGGAGUCUUUAUCAAGUUGCAUAACUGUACAUCAAGGGCUAGAUUGUUCAGCAGACUUUUCUGGACACAUUGAAUGGCACAUAUUUAUUUAUAAAAAAUAAUUACCAGGAAAGGUACAUUGAGAUUUCUCUUGUUUUCAAGUAUGUCCUGUAUGCAUUAUACAUACACCAAGUGUCACAUGCAUAUGCUUUGGGUUUAUCAUCCCACAAGGGUAGAAGAUCAGCAUACCUUACCUGAUCACUCUGAACGUACACAACUAACAUUCUCUUUUCUUUUUUUUCUUCUGUGUGUAAACUGUAAUGUAAAAACAUGUUCAUGGUAAAACUAUUGUCUCCAGAUACUGUUAAACUGGGCAUACAUUGAUUUAUCUGAUCUGUGCCUUUUCAGACUGCUCACUGGUUGGAGAUUCUCCAGGCCCUGCUUCUUAGCGAGAACCUAGAAUUGCAGCAUCGUGGAGCAGUUGUUGUUCUUAAUAUGAUUGAGGCUGACCGGGAGUUGGCAGAGAAGCUAAUGGAGAGUGAAAUGUUUGAAAUCCUAACCGUGCUCUCAAAUAAAGAGGAAGAAGAGAAGACCAAGGCAGUGGCCAGAGCAGCCAAAGAAUGUUUGCGCAAAGCAUUGGACUAUGGUUUAAUCAAACCCAAUCUGUCUCCAUAGUCAGAUUGAAGAGCUGUAACUCUCUAAGGAGUGAGACAAUGUUUCCCUCCUCUUUUGGGCAAAAGACCUCACUUGCAUUAUUAGCAAAGGUUUGCUAAAAUUUAUACAACCUUAUCCGAUCAAGUACAUCAGAAUUUUUAUUUUUUUUAGGCUUACUUUCUUCUGUUGAAGGAGGUAGGUUGUGCAAGAAUGUACAAAGAAUAAUUCAGUUUGGGUGAAAAUGGGUUUACCCACAAGUCUUAACAGCUGUAUCAUCUAUGGUCACUUUAAUGUUCUAUGAAAUAUUCUUCUUGACUAUGUUGAAAUCUCUUUGAAAUCCCAACACACUGAAAAGAAAUAAGCCAAAGUAGGGACUACAUUGUCCCACUGGGAAAGGCAACAUUGCUGCCAUCAGUGCUAGCAAUGGGUGCGGAGAAGAGGCAUCAUCUUUUGCAGUUGUUGGAGUUGGGCUAUGGAGGAUUCAGCAGGCUUGUCAGAGCUCAGUGUUGUAUUCUCACACAUGUGUGUGAGAGUACCGUUUUGACCUAAGCUUUUGGCACAUGAAUAACCAAGAGAUGAAGAAAGAAGACCUUGAUUUUAUUAAGGAAGAGCUUCAAGUAAAUGUUUUACCUUUUGCAUCACUCCCACGAUGCCACACACACACAAAAGGAGGAUGCCACCUAUGAGGGUCUUUGUAUAUUAUGCAAAACCUUCAAAAGUGGCUAGCUGCUUUUAUAUCAGGGCUUCCCCAUUCAGAACAGGUAACCUUGAGUGUUGGACAAUCUUAUGGGUAUAUCCUUUUCAGUUAUGAUGUAAAACGAUCUUUUAUAAUUGUCAUAUAAGUGACACACAUGAUCAUGAGAAGAGAUUAGUUAAAGGAUCACUAUAGGGUGAGGAACACAAACAUGUAUUCCUGACCCUAUAGUGUUAACACAACCAUCUGGCCCCCUUAGGCCCCUCAUGCCUCCAUAAAUAUAGCAACAUCUUACUGUAUUCAAGCCAGAAGCUGUAGCUCUGCAUGCUGUUUGCCUAAAAAAAAACAAAAAAACAAGCAGCCUGCUGACAUCAUCAGAAGUGGUAGUCUGAUCCAAUCACAUAAGAUUGGCUGAGACUGACAAAGAGGAAGAUCAGGGGCAGAGCCAGCAUGAUUCAAACACAGCCCUGGCCAAUCAGCAUCUCCUCGUAGAGAUGAAUUAAAUCAAUGAAUCUCUAUGAGGAAAGUUUAGUGUCUGCAUGCAGUGGGACGAGAUACUGAAUGUUUGGAUGCAUGUUAGGCAGCCAUGAUUCAUGAAGGAUCUCAAACCGCUAUCUGAGGAGUGGCCAGUGAAGUUAUCACUAGGCUGUAAUGUAAACACUGCAUUUUCUCUGAAAAGACAGUGUUUACAGCAAAAAGCCUGAAGGGAAUGAAUCUACUCGCCAGAACAAAUUCAAUAAGCUGUAGUUGUUCUGGUGACUAUAGUGUCCCUUUAACUUUUUUUUUUAAUUACAUUCGUAAUCCAAAGCAAAGAUAAUGUAUUGAGUACAAUAAGUUGACAAAACAUCAUGCUCCAAGUCUUCUUAGUCGUCAUAACACCAUAACAGUAGUUAAAUGCAUAAAGUACAAGUCGCUACAUAAACACAGUUUGUAGAUGUAUGGUCAAUGUUUUCAUUAAAUCUUUGGCCAAAAUAUUCUAGCUCUAAAAAUACAGAGCACAUAACAAAUUGAGGGGUAGACGGACAUAAAAAGAAACAUUUUCAUGGUGAACAUAUAUGCUCUUAAUUUAUUGUCAGUACAGCUUUAGCCAAAACAAAUACCAUAACAAAUAGACCACCUAGCCAUGCAAUUAAAUACACCUAAUGAAAUACUAGAAUUGCAUUGCAAUUUAAUAAAUUGGAAGUUUUUUUUUAUUUUUUUAUUGUGUGAUGAUUUUAUGCCAAUUCAAAUUCCUUUUCACAUAUUGUAAAUUAUACAAAAAAAUACCCACACAAUCAGUUUUUGGCAUUUCUACCAUUAAUAUGGUACGGCUAGUACUAAAGUUAAAAGUCGAAUACUCUACACUUGGAAUGUACACAACCGAAUGUGGCUGAAAAUCCUACAUAUACCUAUAUAUUUAAUGUGUGUGAAAGAAUGCAAUAGUAUAGAUAUUUUAUUGGAUGGAAGCAUACUGUGCACUCAGCUUUACAUUUCACUCAUGCCAUUCCACUGAUUCAGAUUCCUGUAAUGUACUUUCUCUCUGCAGCCAUUCCCUAAAAGAUCUAUUUUUAUAGCUUAUUUUCUAUCCCUUUGUUCCACUUGCUGCUUUUUAACAUUCCUUUGCUAUAGUAGUAGCAGGUCUUCCAUCUAGUUAUGGAUACACGGCUACAUUCCAGGUAUUGCACUACAGAUUCACUCAGUGCUCUAUUUAUUACUAUGCCUUAAUAUUCAGCAAUGAAUUAUGUUAUCAAUCUUGUGUAAAUAAAACAAUAUGAGCACAAUUGUGUAAUGGUAUGUUUUGUUUUAUUGCUUUUAUAACAUUGUGUGGAUACCCAUAUGUAAAAAAAAAAA